CCUCAUGUACAGCAAGAGGACAAAUACUUUACCUCCGAAUCCUGCAUAAUUAGAAUUAGAAAGAGAAACCUAAAAGACCUCCGGGCUCAAAGAAUGCAGUGUUUCCAUGGGUGGAUCUCUUCUACAAAGUGAGAAGCUGUUUGAAUAAUCUGGACCAAGUGCGGGCUGGCUGAGAGUUAACCACAAUGGAGGGAAUCGGUGAUGAAGAUUCAACUGUUUCUUACCGUGCAGGCCCUCGAUCAGCACCACGGCUUGACAGCAAGGUGCCAAGGAGUACUGUGACGAUGGCAGCCUGUCAUGCCCGUAGCAAGUCUGCCCACACAAAGACACAACUGGAGAGCUUACUAGAGGAUCUGGGGUUGGAGCAGCACUACAAAAAGAAGCUAUCCCUGAGAAAGAUACUUCAGAUUGAUGAGAAGACCAUUAAUGAUGAUCCUGCCAAGUGUAAUUCAGAUCUUCCAUGGUAUUUUCUGAAGAAACUAAUGAUGGUUAAUGUGACAACAAGGAAUGUGAAAUGUGCAUCAGAAUAUGAGUCUGACUGUGAUGCUGGAGCAGGGAAUACAGUGUUAGAUUUUGAUCAUCUGCUUGACAGUUCAAACUCAGGUGACACGCUAAACCCCCUGGACAUAAUCACUGCGCUCUUCCUGUGUUCUGAUGGUUUUGCACAGCAGGAACUGGCACUAAAAAUGUCUAUGUGUCAGUUCUCUGUGCCUCUGCUGCUUCCUAAUUGUGACACACAGCAGUGCACACUCAUGCUCUGGGCCAUGAGAGACAUUGUUAAAAAGUACAGGCCUCAGUCACUUUCACAAUCCAAGGGCUUUAGUGAAGACAGAAUUGUUCUCUCUAAACUUCCAAUGAUAUCUUUUGUGAGAUUGGGGGAAUGCUCCUUGUCCAAGUCAGAGAUUCUCAAUAAGCUUCUGAGCAAUUCUCAGCAGUACCAUGACACUUUUGUUCACCAAGAUAUGGAAUGUGGCGACAGUCCAAGAAGAAUAUCCAAUGGACUGACUGAAAUUACUUGGUACCUCCCUUGUGGAAACAAAAACAUGGACAUUUUCAGUGAGCCAGUGGCUGUAGCUAACCUUCGUGGGGACAUUGCUUUAUUUGAAACACAAUUUUCUUUUUUGUGUCAGACAUCUGCAGCAGUUUUUGUGUUCUUUGACAAUUUGGACCCUGACUGCAAGCUGCUUACUAACCAACAUCACAAGGCACAGAUCUUUUUGGUGGGUAACAAUCAAAGCAAGACCUUCAGUUUAAAUGCUCUAAAAGAGGUAGCAACCAAAUUGGGCUUGACCACCAACAACAUCAUAAUUAAGACUAAGCAGAAAAAUGAUGCAGAUUUUGUCAAAAAUUUGAGGAAGACAGUGAGGGAUGCAGUUGAGACCUCAAAAAUGAAGAUGCCCAUAGAGCAGAUGGCUGACAUUGCCCAUGAACUAGGAAUCUUGGUUGAUGAAGACCUUCCAGAGUGCCAGACUGCCAAGAAAAAUGCAGAUGCCAUUACUGCAAAAAUUGAAAACACCCUUAAAUACAAAGAAGCUCAGCUUCCUUUACAAGGCCAAAUAUGGAAGGAAUUGACAAGCUUAGAGAAGGAAGAAUUUCGGCUUCGGAAACUUGGGUCUGAAAACAUAGAAAAAUACAAAAGUGAUCUUCAGAUGCAGAAAGAAAACCUUCGGGACAAACAGAAUUCUUAUGACAUGUCAGAUGCAAUGACAUGCUUCAUACAGGCAAUAUCAAGCCCAGGGAUGGAGAGAUGUUAUUUCCUGAAAUGGAUGCGAAUGAACCUAGAUAACCUGUCUCGAGAAAAACUGUCUAACCUCAGGGAGCAGUACAAAAAGAAAUGCAAGAAUUCUGAGAACAAAGAUGAGAUCAAAGUCAUUGAUAGAGAACUGUCCAACAGUUCACUGGGGACUGAACACUUCUUCCGUGAAAUGGGCCAGAUCUAUGAAGCUUCAGUUUUUCUUCCAGAAACAAACCUGUCACGUCAACAAUUACAACAUCUGCCCAAACUCUGUGCAGAAUUGUUGCUUGAUGGAUUUCCCCUUGAGCUUGUAGAUGGAGAUGCAUCCAACAUACCUCUCAGAUGGGUGAGUGACGUCCUCUCUGAGCUUAAUGACCUGGUGUCUCCAAAGAACAAAAUACUGGUAGUCACAGUUCUUGGAGUUCAGAGCACAGGAAAGUCCACUCUUCUUAACACCAUGUUUGGAGUGCAGUUUGCAGUCAGCAGUGGUCGAUGCACUCGAGGUGCUUUUAUGUUGCUCAUCAGAAUCAAUGAAGAUGUCAAAAAAAUACUCAACUGUGACUUCAUGGUGAUCAUUGACACUGAGGGCCUAAAGUCACCAGAGCUUGCACAACUGGAUGAUAGCCAUGAGCAUGACAAUGAGCUUGCAACACUUGUUGUGGGGCUGAGUGAUAUCACUAUUAUCAAUAUUGCAAUGGAGAAUUCCACAGAAAUGAAGGACAUCCUGCAAAUAGUUGUACAUGCUUUUCUCAGGAUGAAAGAGGUGGGCAAAAAGCCUAAAUGUCAGUUUGUUCACCAGAAUGUGUCAGAUGUUUCAGCCCAUGAGAAGAACUUAAGAGACAGGAAACUGCUCUUGCAACAGUUAAACGAGAUGACGCAGGCAGCAGCCAAAAUGGAAAAGAAAGAGGAGAACAAGAGCUUCACGGAUGUGAUGGAGUACAGUCCAGACACUGGGAACUGGUACAUUCCUGGACUCUGGAAUGGAAACCCACCAAUGGCACCAGUCAAUGCUGGGUACAGCGAAGCUGUGUAUGAGCUCAAGAAAAACAUCAUCCAACUACUGGGAAAUUGUGAGUCAACCUCUAAUGAUAUCUUGGAGUUUAAAGAGUGGAUGUCAAGCCUGUGGAAUGCAGUAAAGCAUGAAAACUUCAUCUUUAGCUUCAGAAACAGUCUAGUGGCUGAUGCGUACAUGAGGCUAUGCACACAAUUCAAUAAAUGGGAAUGGGAUUUCAGAAAGUAUAUGUACAAGUGGGUUACAAAUGCUGAAACACGAAUUUCAAAUUUCGGUACAGUUGCUGCGCAAUUUCAAAAAGCUGACAUGACAGAACUUGUCAUGUUUUUGAAAAGUGAAGCAUCCGCAGUGGUGUUUAAAUGGGAGGCUAAGCUUCUUGAUAAUCUGACAAAGUACUUCAAGCAAACAGAGGGUCAUGUCUAUCUAGUAGAAGGAUACAAAGAGGACUUUGCAAACAGUGCAAAGAUCCUUCGACGAGAAUUGGAGAACUCUGUGUACCAUCAGCUCACAGCAGCAGCAGAAAUCAAACAAGGAAUGGCAGAACUUGAUAGAAUCAAGGAAAAUCACACAAAAGAAAUUGAAAAGGCAGUGUGUGCAUUGAUUGAUGAAUGUCGAAAGAAGAAUGUCCAGAUGAGAGAUAAAGAGCUGGACAAAGAAUUUGAUAAGAUGUGGAAUGCAACAGUGAAGAAACUGUCAUUUUCUGAACAAAAGGCAACAGAUGUCUUCAACAAGGUAUCCAACCACCUGAGAAUAAAUCUGUCACACAAGGGGAGUCAUGCAUGUGAAUUGUUGAGUCAAAAAUGCCUGAAAGAUUGUGAACAAUUGCCUUUCAAGUAUACAGCUGAAGGACUCUACAACCGAGUUAAACACAAAGUGAGCAAGUGGCUAAACGUACAAAAUGACACAAUGGCUGUUCAGAAAAUGGCUGACAGCAUCAUAGCUGUUUGCACUCAGUUUGUGAUUGAAAAAGUUGAAAGAAAAAACAAUUACUCUGAUACUUACAUCCAGGAGAUCCUACACAUGAUUGAUGAGAGGCUGCAAAACAAUCAGGAUGUUAAGACAGGCAUCGAGUUCGAAGUUUCUCUAAAACAGCACAUCUGUGCAGUUGCAGCCAGAGAGUUUCAGAAAAUGCACGAAGAAUUCCUGCAUGUUAAUGACCCUUACAGAUGUCUGGAUCGAAACAAAGAAAAGUUUCGUGCUGAUUUCAAAGAUGUGUUCCAUGAACGAGACCAGUGCCAGAAGAAGGCAGGAGAAUUCACCAACCGAUGCUUGAAGCCUGCAGUCACAGACUUUGUCAACCGUUCCCUGGGCCCUGAUAUCGUUGGUGAAAUGCUGACAAGGCAGCAGUUCAGCACAAGAAUCUACUUCCAGUAUUCAAUUUUGCUGGAUUUGCUUUCAAAGGAUAACUUUGAAAACUAUUUGAGCUAUAUUGGCUCAUAUGAGGAAUACGUAAAGAAGUGGAUACUUGACCAAACAGUGACUCACUUCUCAAAAGGUUCUAAGACAUUUGAGUUUGAGGAUCAGCAUCUCCAGUCAAGUAUAAAGAGAAUAAAUGAAGCUAUCAACAAGGCCAAACUGAAAAAGAGUGGCAACUUGAAGACAUUUGUUGAACAUGUUUGUCAGGAACUUGGUGAUAAGCUGAUCAUUUCCCAGGAUGCUCUUGGUGCUUUCAUGAUCCUGAACAAAGCAAACCAGGAACAGUUUGCUCACUGGUUCAAAGAGUGUGUGAAUGAGAUGGGUCAAGCUCUUAGAGAAGAGUUUAAAAAAUCCAAUAUUGAAAUGAAACUAAAACAUCUUCACAUGAAGCCCCAGAAUGUUCUUUUCACCAGAGUGAUUGGAUGUGGUAAACAGUGUCCAUUCUGUGCAAUGCCCUGUGAGGCAGGAGGAAAAGCCCAUACUGAACACUGGGCUUCACUGCAUCGGCCAGAGGGUCUGGGUAGAUACAGGUGGUAUGAGACAGAAAAACUUGUCACUGACAUAUGCUCUUCAUCCGUGAUCAGUGACAAGCGUUUUCGCUGUAGCGCUACAAACAAUGAAUGGUACCCUUACAAGUGUUACAAAGAAAUUUUCCCACACUGGAGAAUUCCUCCAGAUGUAAGCCUUCAGGCAUCAGACUACUGGAAAUAUAUACUGGCAAAGUUCAACGGGAAGUUUGCAGGAGCAUACAAUGCAAAGCCUGCUGAUAUUCCUCCAGCUUGGAAAAGAAUCACACCUAAGCAGGCAGAAGAGAGUCUCAAAGAGUCAUUUAACAUCAAGUGAAAGACUACAUGCUAUGUGGUUACAGAGGUGCACAUUCUCCUCAUUGCACUGAUUCAGUCAUUAUCAUCUCAUGGAUAUUUUGAUCUUACUUGUUUAAUAUGCCAUAGAAGAAAAUCACAAAUAGUAACAAACUAUAUACAAGAUGGCAAGGCCAAAGAUAUUGUUAGAGAAGAGAGAUACUGUCUUUGACCUUACAACAGGGAAAUUUAAGAAAAACACUGCAAUUAGAGCUCACCUACCGAAGAUAGAUUUAAUUUGUUAAUAAUCAGCUUUAACUCUAUGUUGAUAUUGAUGAACAGACUUUUAGAUACUUGAUACUCUGAGUCAACAUACAUGAUAGGAGCACAUGUAAGAAACAUACCAAAUUAAGUUAAAUCUAAGUUUGAUUUUAUGAUUUUGUGCGACAGAUGAACAUCAUUAUAUUGCCACCGAAAAGAUAUAUACGCAGAUAAUCAAAGCAACAAAGUGUCAGACAACUGUUUUUCUUUUAUCAAAUGAAAUAUGAUAUGCAAUCUUUUACUGUUUAUUUGUGUUUUUGUGAAAUGUCUCCUAUCCAGUAUUUACAUUAUUGUAAUUAUUAAAGUAUUGUUUUUUUUUUAUCUCUUUUUAAAAGAUCACUCAGUGUGUAUUUGGUAUUAUCACAAUAGAACAGAAACUUGUUUUGUACAAUAUGCCAUUUUUUCUAAAACAGAAUUUUAAAGGCUGAAAAUUGUUUUUCUCUUCUCUUUCUUUUAAUUGAGGAUUGAUUUUCUUACUCAGAAUUUAGAAUGUCUUUGUUUGUAUUACAUUGAAGUAUCUGGUGCCAAAUAUUACAAUUUUAAAAGAUAGUUCAUUCUUCAUGUGGUACUGUCAACAUGUAUACAUGUUACUUACCACCGUUAACUGAUUUAAUAAAGAAAAAAAGACCCAGCAGUCUGGAUAUGAAUGUCUUUGAUGAUUCCCAGAUCAGAAUCACAGUAUACGAAAACCGAAAUAUUAUCAACUGUAAUUGUUUUAAGUCAUGUUUGCCAUUUUGGGGUGUUAAUCAUGCGCUUUCAUGCAUCAUUGACUUGACACAGGACCUCUAUAUAACCUCACUGAUGUGCAUGACUUCAUCUCGUUUUACUGUAAACCGACCGCAGUUUUCAGGUGUGUUGAAAUGUGAACAAACUGGGAAUAAUAGUCGGAUACAUACAAUAGUUUGUUGUCAUUAAAUACAAUUUUCAGCUUUCACCAAAUCAAUUCAUUUUUUCUUAGCUUACUUGAUUGUACAGUCCUGACUAAAAUUAUUGGUACCCCUGCCCUUUAACUACAGAAUUUAGAAUAUCUUUAGGAAUAAAUGCAAAUUAACAGAUUUCAUAUAAGCAGAAUAUUAAAUAAAAUGUCCAAAAUUACUC